CCCGCCCCCGGCCCGCCCCGCCGAGCCCUCCCCGCGCUUAAAUGCCGGGCCGGGAGCCGCGCUGGGAGGAAGGUGCUGCUGCUGCCCCCAGCAUGGCUGCUCCGUCCCGGCUGCUCGUGUCCCUGCUGCUGCUGUUCUGGGGCUGCCUCUGCCCGCCCGCCCGCGCCGGCCUCUACUUCAGAGAAGGGCAGAGCUGCUACAAGCCGGCCCCGCGCAGGGCUCCCGGCCUGAGGACCUACCCCCGCCCGCACGAGUACCUGGACAUCUCCGCGCUGCCCGAGAGCUGGGACUGGAGGAACGUGAACGGUGUCAACUUCGCCAGCACCACUCGGAACCAGCACAUCCCGCAGUACUGUGGGUCCUGCUGGGCCCACGGCAGCACCAGCGCUUUGGCAGAUCGAAUCAACAUAAAGAGAAAAGGGGCAUGGCCUUCUGCCUACCUGUCUGUUCAGAAUGUGAUCGAUUGUGCUGAGGCAGGAUCCUGUGAAGGUGGAGACCACUCGGGUGUUUGGAUGUAUGCCCAUGACCACGGCAUCCCAGAUGAGACCUGCAACAACUACCAAGCUAAGGAUCAAAAGUGUAAGAAGUUUAACCAGUGUGGAACUUGUGUCACUUUUGGAGAAUGUCAUGUGAUAAAGAACUACACCCUCUGGAAAGUUGGUGACUAUGGGUCUGUCAGUGGAAGAGAAAAAAUGAUGGCAGAAAUUUAUACUAAUGGACCAAUUAGCUGUGGCAUAAUGGCUACAGAAAAGCUGGAUGCUUACACUGGAGGACUUUACACAGAGUACAACCCCUCGCCUAUGGUGAAUCACAUUGUAUCUGUGGCUGGCUGGGGCGUAGAAAAUGGAACAGAAUACUGGAUUGUUCGGAACUCAUGGGGUGAACCCUGGGGUGAAAGAGGGUGGCUGAGGAUUGUGACAAGUGCAUAUAAAGGUGGAAAAGGAGCAGAGUACAACCUUGCUAUUGAAGAGGACUGUGCAUAUGGAGAUGUUGUUCUUCCGUGAUUCUGCAUGGUACACCUGUCUGUUCAGGAACUACUUUGGGAAGCUUCCCAACACCACCUUUUUCUGUUUAAAGAAUAGUAGGCUAAAACUGUUUCACAGUUCAAAACCAUCAGGCAGUUCUGCAAAACUAGCCCAGAUAGCAAGAGAUGAUGUCUUCUAAGCAAAUUAAAUAGAGCUGCCUUUAGAUAAUUGAAAACUUGGAAAAAUAAUAUACCCAUUAAAAAGUUGUCUGCCUUGUUGCACAGUACCUAAAUCAUAUUGACUUUAUGUAAAUCUCUGUAUAUUUUUAAAGUAUAAAUUAUGUAGACACACAAAGAAGGAACAAUUAUACUCAAUAUUUGGGUCUAGAGCUUAUAUUAAAUUUUCUAACAAUAUUAAGCAAAUAUCUCACAAUGAUGCAGAUGAAAAACCAAAGCUCAGUCUGGACAUGAUAUAACAAAAAACUACAUCCCCUGUUGUUUUCUUGACCCCCAGAUGAAACAAUGUUGUCGGAAGUGUCAUAUAAUGCAGUUGGUUUUAUCCAAGCAAAAUGAUCAACAUAAGUCUAAAUGUUCUUAGUUAUAUAAUUAGUCUUGUCUCUGUUCAAAUUCCUUACUUUUACAUGUGAUUUGCUGUGCUGUUUUUCUCCCAAAGAGGCAAAGUAAAAGUUGACAACCCAGAAUUCUUCACUAAUUUCAAGAAAGGUAGCAAAUUGUCUUCCUUAAAACUGAGCCAGUUACUAAGUGGCAAGUCAGUGCCAUAUAAAAUGUUAUUAGUUGGCAUUGUUAACUGCAUGUAAUAAAUGGACUUUUUAUCUUUAAUGACUUAA